CACUCUGGCAGUUUCCUUCAUACUUUCGGUUCCAAACUUCCACUUCGGAGUCGCUCACUCCGAGAAAUGGAUCCGAGCUCCGCCUAUCGCCGGACCCGCAGCCCCCGGACCAAGUCUGAUCUCUACUCCACCGUCGUCAUUCACGGAGACGAAGAUGCCUCCGAUUCCGACUCCGAAAAACAACAAAACGAAAAGCAAAAGCGACGCAAACCCCAAAGCAAAGCACAGACACGGGAACAACAACAAGAAGAAGACCUUUACGCUACAAUGGUUUACAAGGACCAAGAGGAAGAAGAAGAAGACGACGAAGACUACUCCUCUCUUCCCCCACUCCUAAAACGCCUCCCCAAGGACUUCGGCGGCGGAGCCUCAAUCGACUAUGACGACGACCACGAUAGCGCAGAUUUCGACACAGUGAUCGUCAAGACCGAUCGCACUCGCUCCCGCAACCUGUCUUCUUCGUCUUCCUACUUCUCCUCGAAGCCCCGGAGCUCGCCACUCUCGGAAUACUAUUCUGCGAGCCCUGGAAAUAGAAUGAUCGGUGGUGAUGACGUUGAGGGUGAUGGGGACGGCGACGGGUUUUCAACGUUUGUGGUGAGGUCUACCCUGAGGGCGAGCGAGAGGGAGUCGUUGAGCGGGACCGUGUUGAGGAGGACCGGUGGUGGUAAGGGGACGGGGGACUCGACGAUGGGGCGGGCCGUGGCCAGUAUGCAAGCGGUUGGGGAAUUAGGGUUUGGGAAGCAGAGGAAGGGGAGCGGGUCUUCACAGGGUGGGGAGGAAGUUCGGCAGCUCACGACCAAGGUCUCUUCGAGUUCGAUUCCGGAGAGUGUUACCAGGGAAGAUCCUACGACCAAGUACGAAUUGCUCAAUGAGCUUGGGAAAGGGUCAUAUGGGGCCGUUUACAAAGCUAGGGAUAUAAGAACUUCGGAGCUGGUCGCUAUCAAAGUCAUAUCGUUAUGUGAAGGGGAGGAGGGAUAUGAAGAAAUUCGUGGUGAGAUUGAGAUGUUGCAGCAGUGUAGUCAUCCAAAUGUUGUUCGUUACCUUGGAAGCUACCAAGGGGAGGAAUAUCUUUGGAUAGUGAUGGAAUACUGUGGGGGUGGAAGUGUUGCUGACUUGAUGAACGUGACAGAGGAGCCUUUGGAGGAGUAUCAAAUAGCAUAUAUUUGUAGGGAAGCAUUGAAGGGCCUUGCUUAUUUGCACUCAAUUUUCAAGGUCCAUAGAGAUAUUAAGGGUGGGAAUAUUUUGUUAACUGAGCAAGGAGAUGUCAAGUUGGGUGAUUUCGGGGUUGCAGCGCAGCUGACAAGGACCAUGUCAAAGCGCAAUACGUUCAUUGGCACUCCACAUUGGAUGGCUCCAGAAGUUAUUCAAGAAAGUCGCUAUGAUGGAAAGGUGGAUGUGUGGGCUCUUGGUGUGUCGGCCAUAGAAAUGGCAGAGGGACUUCCUCCAAGAUCGGCAGUACAUCCAAUGAGGGUUUUAUUCAUGAUAUCCAUUGAGCCAGCUCCGAUGCUUGAAGAUAAAGAGAAAUGGUCUCUUGUGUUCCAUGAUUUUGUUGCAAAGUGCCUAACAAAAGAGCCUCGUUUACGCCCGACUGCAUCUGAGAUGUUGAAACACAAAUUCAUUGAGAAAUGCAAAUAUGGACCCUCUGCAAUGUUCCCAAAGAUUGACAAGGCCAGGAAACUUAGGGCCUCCAUGGCUCUGCAAGUACAAAGUCUUGCUCCAGCCUUGACAGAAGAUGAUCCACAGGAAACUCCAAAACAGAAUGAAGAUUAUGGAGAUACUGUUCCAUCAAGGCCUUAUAAUAUUGGGCUUCAAGUUGCAAAUGAAGUACCUACAGCUAGCACUUUGAGGAAGCAGAACAUAUCAGAUGCUGGGAAACCGGUUGGGGAAAGUAACUUUGACACUGUAAUAGUUCAUGGUGGAGACAAGAUGGAAAAUACAGCCAAGCAGACACAAGUUUCCAAUGAUAGAGAACCCUCACCUUCUCUUGAACAUGUUGAAAGCCUUUCUAUGAAUGACACAGGAGGGCAAUCGGCUGUGCUCCUGAUGGAGAAUAGUAAAGAUAUUGAUGUAAACAACACUUUAGUUGGAGAGCCAAAUGAGGAGAGCCUCAAAACAAAAGUUUUUUCUCAGGCGGAGCUUGGAGGUGGCAGUGGUAUAAGCAGUGGCACGUUGAACAAUGAUACUGUUAGCCGAAAAGCUUUUGCAUUGCAAGAUAAGCUUUGGUCCAUAUAUGCAGCUGGUAAUACAGUGCCGAUUCCGUUCUUAAGGGCAACCGAUAUAUCCCCUAUUGCUCUUCUGUCAGACAAUGUGCUUGGAGGCAUGCAGUGGGAUAAUGGUGGAACUGUAGCCAUAGAGGCAUUGCAGGAGCUCUUUACUGGUGAUGGACAGUCUAGAAAGGGUCGAAGAGGUCAAAAUGAGAUGCCCCUUCCUCCAAGCGUUUACCAAAGGCUCACUUCAAGCUCUACCCUACUGAAUUUGGCACAGGCUUUAGCAUACCACAAAAUGUGUUACGAAGAUAUGCCACUUCAGGAGUUGCAGGCAACACAGGAGCAGCAGACCAUUCAAAAUAUUUCUGAUACUCUUAGAACUAUUCUACGGUUGUAGGUUCGCAAAUUCUGCGGUCCGUUUGGCUGUUUGGUUUGUUUCCUUCAUUUAUGUAUUUGUGUGGUGUCUUUAGCUUUUCCCUAUUAUUUAAGACAUUAUAAUUCAAAGCUGAUUUUUUUUUUCCUC